AUGGAGUUCAACUUGUUUCAAUCGCUGUUUCCCAAUGGCGUCUUUCUGUUUGACAUAGCCGGUUUGUUCAUGUCCAUGUUCUGUACCUAUCUUUUUAUAAACGCCAUUUACUUCCUCAGUCUACACCCUCUUGCUAAGGUGCCUGGACCCAAGUUGUGCGCCAUUUCCCGCAUACCGUAUUGGAUUCAGUGUUUCAAGGGCAGCGAUGUGAAAUGGAUCCAUCGCUUACACGUGCAAUACGGACCUAUGUUACGGUUUGGGCCAACUGAUGUGAGCUGUGCUUCCGCCGACGCUUGGAAGGAGGUUCAUGGCCAUAUGAAAGGUCAGAAAGAUAUGGACAAAGCACCGGAGUUCUAUUUGCCGCCUAUCAACGGUGUCCCAAGCAUGCUGACAGCCAGCUUCGAUAAUCAUGCUCGAGUGCGUCGAUUGUUUUCUCCCGCAUUCUCCGAAAGAGCCCUCAAGAAACAGGAACCAGUGUUCCACCGUUAUGUGGAUAUCUUGGUUUCGAAGCUUCAUAAACUCAGCGCCCACCAUGUGGAGAUGACUAGGUUAUACAACUUUGCCACAUUUGAUACCAUGGCAGAUCUCUGCUUUGGGCACCCGCUGGGUUUACUGGAAAAGAAUCAGUUCAGUCCGUGGGUUAAUUCCAUCUUUGAAUCUCUUCAGACGUUACCAUUCCUCGCGAUGAUCUCCUACUACCCGAUAUUUAACGCCAUUUUCACUCGGUUUCAGCCAAAGUCGGUCACACGCCAAAGGAUUGCUCAUUGCAAGCACGCAGAAGAACGAGUCAACCAACGCUUACGGCAGGGCUCAAACCAGCCGGACAUCUGGAAUUUGGUUAUGGAGGCUAAUAACUCGGGAAAGGGCCUCUCUCUCUCGGAGAUGCACUCAAACGCCGAGAUAUUCAUGCUAGCAGGCUCAGAAACCACGGCAACCCUUCUCAGUGGCUUGACCUACUUGCUCCUCACCAACCCGGAUAAAAUGGAACUAUUGUGCAAGGAAGUUCGCAGGACCUUCAAAACUAGUCAAGAUAUCAACUUCGAAGCUACCGCAAGUCUCAGGUAUUUGAAUGCAUGUUUGAGAGAAGCGCUCCGCGUUUACCCGCCUGUGCCAAUAGGCAACCCGCGUGUGGUUCCCCCGGGAGGCCAGGCUGUCCUAGGCGUAUGGCUACCUGCCGAGACCCGCGUGUCAUGCCACCAUUGGUCGACAUAUCACUCAGAAGCGAAUUUCAAGAACGCGGACCAGUUUAUCCCGGAACGGUGGUUAGGGGAUCCUACUUACGCUGGCGACGUGACCGAUGCCCAUCAACCCUUUUCGUGGGGCCCGCGAAACUGCAUAGGCCAGAAUAUGGCUGUGCAUGAGAUGAGGUUGAUCUUCGCUACGGUGAUAUUCGACUUUGACUUUGAGCUUUGUGAUGGAAGCCGUAAUUGGAUAGAGCAGAAGACGUACGGACUUUGGAUGAAAAAGCCGUUGAUGUGCCGUCUUUAUCCCGUUUCUAGAUAG